AUGAGGGCCUUGUUGUGUGUCUAUCUGUCUGUCUGUCUGGCUGCUCCUUCACAUGUUCCAGCCGAAAUGAAGAAAACUAUAGAGAGUCUACGUCAACACUAUAUUCCAGACGAAAAGAUCUUCAGCGGAAAUGCUCUUUUGUCCAGAGGGCUGGUGGGCAAGAUGACGGACGGAGAGAAGAGAGUUCUGAUGGGCGGGGUCUUGGAUGUGUAUGAGAAGCUGAUUGGUCAGAUGUUGGAGGUGGGCAGCUCAGGGGCGGAGUCAGAGAAUCAGGUGGAGGAGGGGCUUCAUUACCUGUUGACAGAAGUCAAAGACCUGAAGGCACACAAAUACAAAAACCAAAGCCGGCUGCAGAGACAACUGCUGGACCUAAACAACAUACAGACUGAUAACCUGGUGGUCCAGAACAAGGCACUAUGGGAGCUUCCGUGGUGGUACCACGAGGCCAGCUCGUUGGCUGAGACGAGACAAAAGAGACGCCGCAGACGGCAAGCGCAGAGGACUCAAAAGCUUCAAUAA